AUGAGGAUGGCCGUGGGCUCCGUCAAGAUGCAGCCGCCCUGCGAGAGCCCGGCCCUGGCCGCGGCGGCGGCGGUGGCGGCGGCCGACGGCGCCCUGAGCCGCAGCCCCAGCGCCCGCGAGCCGGAGCGCGAGCAGCCGCCGGCGUCGCUGCGGCCGCGGCUGAGAGACCUGCCCGCCCUGCUGCGGAGCGGGCUCACGCUGCGGAGGAAGCGGAGCGUCGCCGGGGGCCGGACUCUGUCGAGAAGAAUUUCCAAUCCAUACCUUGAACAUACUCCUUCUCAGAUUUAUGGAGAGAAUUCUUCUUGUGCAGGAAGAGCAUUGAGGAAUAUUAUUAUCAUUCAGGCAGCUGACCUGAUAAAGGACAGAGUGAACCUCAAGGGGUUUUACAGGAGAAGCUGCGUUGGGUCAGAACUGGUCGACUGGCUUCUAGAGCACUGUCCUUUUGUCCAGUGCAGAUCUAUGGCCAUAGGAGUCUGGCAGCUGCUACUGGACAUGGGAAUUAUGUCAUCAGUGGACCAGCAUCUAUACUUUCAAGAUACUUACGUUUUCUACCAGUUUUCGUCUGAUGAAUGCAGCUACUUGUACUGUGAAUUUGAGAGAGGAGAAGAAUGGCAGAAUGGUGUCAGACUCCUGCUGCAGCUUGUGCCCCUCACUCCUGCGAGAGCUGGCAUCUGCGAACUGUCUCAUCAGAAAAUUGAAGACUCUGAAGAAAGCAGUGAGGAAAUUCUUGCCCGUCUAACAUCUGCGGUGCAGAGAGAGCUAGCAGCUGUUAUUGCUUUGAAAGCAAGGAAGUCUGCACUUGAACAAGAUGAUGAAAACAGUGACAAACACGUAACUGUAACAGAAACUGAUGGCGUUCCAGAUUCUCAGGCAGGGGUGAUGUGCAAACUUCAAGAGAGAGAUGAUAUCGGACGAAUCGAACUGGUCCAGAAGCUGGCAAGAGAAAACUGUCAGUUUUUGCAGACGGACAAAAAAGAGCAGGAGAAGUCUGAACACCAAGAUGAUGAAGUGACAACUGUUCAGGUUAAGGAGCAAGACCAGAGCGUCCUGGUGCUGAAGAGAGUACAGUGCUGUGGCUCAGCCCCUGCUGCGGGGAGCUCAGAAAGCGACUGGAGAUACGUGGUGGUGUCUGGGACCCCUGAGAAGAUUUUGGAGCACCUUUUGAAUGACUUGCACCUGGAAGAAGUCCAGGACAAAGAAACAGAGACCCUCCUUGAUGACUUCCUUCUCACAUACACUGUCUUCAUGACAACCGAUGACUUGUGCCAGGCGCUGUUAAGGCACUAUUCUACUAAGAAGUAUCAAGGCAAAGAAGAAAACUCAGAUGUUCCUUGUCGGAAACGUAAGGUCUUACAUCUUGUUUCCCAGUGGAUUGCUCUGUACAAAGACUGGUUACAUGAAGAUGAACACUCAAAAAUGUUUUUAAAGACCAUAUACAGGAGUGUACUGGAUGAUGUCUAUGAAUAUCCAAUACUUGAAAAAGAACUGAAAGAAUUCCAGAAGAUCCUCGGAAUGCACCGUCGUCACACUGUAGAUGAAUAUUCACCACAAAGAAAGAAUAAAGCCCUUUUCCACCAAUUCAGUCUUAAGGAGAACUGGCUCCAGCACAGAGGAACUGUGACUGAAACAGAGGAAAUCUUUUGCCACGUGUAUGUAAUGGAGCACUCCUAUGUCAGCGUGAAGGCAAAAGUUUCCAGUACAUCUCAGGAGAUCCUGAAAGUUGUGGCAGAAAAGCUCCAGCAUGCAGAAGAGGAUCUGGCUCUGGUGGCCAUCUCGUUCUCUGGGGAAAAGCAUGAACUUCAGCCAAAUGACUUGGCCAUCUCCAAAUCCCUGGAGGCAUCCAGUCGGAUAUAUGUCUACCGAAAAGACCUGGCUGACACUUUGAACCCAUUUGCAGAAAAUGAGGAAUCACAACAAAGGUCGAUGAGGAUUUUGGGAAUGAACACUUGGGAUCUUGCUCUGGAACUAAUGAAUUUUGAUUGGAGUCUAUUCAAUUCAAUUCAUGAGCAAGAGCUGAUCUACUUCACAUUCAGCAGACAGGGAAGUGGGGAGCACACGGCGAACCUCAGCCUCCUGCUGCAGAGGUGCAAUGAAGUCCAGCUGUGGGUGGUCACGGAGAUUCUGCUCUGUAGCCAGCUGGGCAAGCGAGUGCAGCUAGUGAAAAAAUUCAUCAAAAUUGCGGCUCACUGCAAAGCCCAGAGAAACCUGAAUUCUUUCUUUGCUAUCGUGAUGGGUCUCAACACUGCUUCUGUCAGCCGCCUGUCGCAGACCUGGGAGAAAAUCCCUGGGAAGUUUAAGAAACUUUUCUCUGAACUUGAAAGUUUAACAGAUCCUUCUCUAAAUCACAAAGCCUACAGAGAUGCAUUCAAAAAGAUGAAGCCACCAAAAAUCCCGUUCAUGCCCUUAUUGCUUAAAGAUGUAACAUUUAUUCAUGAAGGAAAUAAAACGUUUUUGGAUAAUCUUGUCAAUUUUGAAAAGCUGCACAUGAUUGCAGACACUGUCCGAACCCUGAGACACUGCAGGACUAACCAGUUUGGUGAUGUGUCUCCAAAAGAGCAUCAAGAGUUGAGAUCCUACGUUAAUCACCUGUACGUUAUUGACAGCCAGCAGGCUCUGUUUGAGCUCUCUCACAGGAUCGAGCCUCGUGUGUGAGCCCAAGGCCUCACCUCCCCUGAAACUGAAGCACUUUGAGCUAUAGGAAUGUCUGUGCCAGGCACACUGCUUUCCUGUGAGAAAAGACGUUGCUGAGUUUUAUCAGUAGACCACAAGUCAUUCACAGGAAAGCCAGCCAAAGCGUGUUUGGGAAGUGACGUCAGCCACCAGACAUGGGGAGAGGCCUCUCUGUGCCGCUUGCACGAUGAGAAGGCAGAAAGAGAAGUCAGAAGCAUUCCUGAGAUGGAGAAAUCUGGUUUCUUACGAUCACAUUGUUGAUCCAAUCCAAUUUUCAACUUGAUUUGUGUCGGCACCAAGAACGAGAGAACGUGUCUUGAUGGGCAAUGACCAAAUAUUUCAGUAAGAGCAUGCAUGAAACAGGAAGUUUUACUUUGCCUGGUAUUAGAUUACUGUUUAUAGGCUGUCAAAGUAGUUCUUUUGCAUGCCUAAAGACAGUGAUGACAUCUCUAGACAUCCAGGGAGGAGGAGAGGUCUCUGUCAAUAUAGACGAUGAUAUCACCAAAAGCCACUUUUGUCUAGGGCGUUUGUAAGGAGCAGCAGUUGGUACCCGUGCUCUGACUUGCCGAUGAGAAAUGUCAAGACAUGCACGUCUUUGCAUCCACAAUCACUUAUCAGUGUUUACCUGCAGGUGAAAUUAGUUUCUGUACAACUGAUUUGCAACUAUGGGCAAGUUAGACUAAGUUGCUUUGCCGAUACGGAAAAGGAGUAAUCUUUAAGAAGUUGACUCAUUUAAUUUCUGGGGAUUUUCUUUACGUUUGUAAGAAGGCUCUCAUCUCUUAUUGGGCACAAUAUGGUUUUUGAAAAAGCAUGGUGCUUGACACAUUGUAGGCACUCAGUAACUGUUUAUUGAGAUUACGGAGUCACAGAGGUCUGCAUUCUUGUGCCUGAUGAUGUGCUAGUGUUUUGCAUACUUCACGUAGGCUUCUUGCCAACAGUGUGUAAUGACAACAGCCAGUGCAGGGAGAUUAAGUGAGAUUUGAUGUGUGAAGCACUUAUCACUCUCUAAAAAGAGCAAGGUAAUAAGAUAGUGUUGAUUACCGGUCUUUGGGCAAAUGAAGAGUACCCUGAAAUAUCCAAACAUCUGAUUUAUGUUGGUGACUUAGAAGUUCUGUAGUCCACUUACCAGCUGGAGCAGGAAGCCUUUCUGCAAUUCGCUUUUCUUCCCCCCUAAAGUCUCAGAGUCUUCCAACCUUUUUUUUAUUCCCAUUUUUGCAAGUUGGGGCUCCAAUAGCAAAUAAGACCUCUUGUUAUUCUCAAGGACUGGUUAGAGGAUUUCCCUCAACCUGCAAAUGAACAAAAAACCCUAUAGGUUAAAUAAUGAAAUCCACCCCUUCCAGCCAGGUAUUUGUCACUUUGCUAAAAAGCAAGGGCAUCCUUGCGUGAGGUCCAUUGAUUUUCCAAAUGUGUGAAUGUGGGUGUACUUCUUACCAUUCCUAUCCACUCAUCUCUUAGGUGCCCAUCCAGACCUGCUGCUUAUGUGUCUCAUCAACCCCUUAUUCAUUCUCGUUACUGAGGUGUGGCCAAUGCUUUCUGACACCUUUAUAGCAGUGCUGUUUCCUGGGCUCAGGAACCAUACUGAGCUUGAAAUACUGCUCUAAGGAACCAUGUGGAGAAAAAUUUUGGUAGGACUUUCAAAGGGACUCAGUCUGGCCCCGCAUGUAAAACUUCAGCCCUGAAGAUCUACAGGGUUUUAUAGAAAGGCACCAUCCAGGGCUGGUCCACUCAGAGAAAUGCUUCAUGCUGCUGAUAAUGGAAUGAGACCCACUGGAGGAGACCGUAGCCAUGAGAACCAGAGAAAAGAGACUUCCCUCACAGCUGGUCAGACCCUCAAAAAGCCCUCCCUUUGGCAAUUACUGAGGCUAGCAUGGGCUUACAGCACAAACACAUGUUCUUGUCUUUGUAUAGCAAGGGACUAGGGUUUGGCCGGUCUAAUCACAUAAGGCCAUUUUGACAUUGUCUCUGUGUUUUUUAUAAUUUAAAGUUUUACUUACAUUAGGUCUGCAUUGAUCCAAGUAGAACAUUACCUUUAGAGGACUCAUUUUCAGUAGAAAACUAUUUCAGCAUAGCACCUGCUACUUAGAUCCUGAUUCAGAUAUGUACACUUGGCCAAAUGAAGCUACAUGUGUAUUGUGUUAAACACCUUUUGUGUGGUGUAUUCUGAGUAUCUCGCAUAGAAUGGGUGGAAGCAGGCUGGGGGAAAGAUGAUGCUUGCCCACCUUUUCCUCCAGCCAUGGUCAGGUGGCUCUCAGGGUAACAAAGGGAAGGGGGGAUUUUGUUUAGAUUUGUUUUUCCAUUCCUGUCUUCUGAAUGUCUGAAAUCUUUAAACCUUUCUGAAAUUUAACAACUGUCUCCAGAGCUUUCCCAGGCAGCAACUCUUUGAAAUUUCAGAAGCUUUGAGGGGUCUUAAAACCGGAAUUAAAGAACUUCAGGCAGAAUUGUGAGAACUAGACUUUGCUCAACAAGAAGCUCUUUCUAAAGAAUCUGAGCUGUUCAGCAGUGAACAGGCCAGUGCAGGAUUUAAGCACUCCCUGUUAAUAGGGAUGGACCGUAUUCCCUCUCUGGAUAUUCACCAGGGCCUCUUCAGAAUAGAUUUUGUUCUGGCUAGAAGGGUGGACUGGAAGAUGUCUAAGCUCUUUUCCAGCUCUCCUUUGGAUUUUUAUGAUUGCAUAAAAUCCCUGUUCGCUCUGAAAAUCUUGUGUAAUUUGCCACUGUCAACAGCAGGUGGUGCAAGUGGGUUCUUUUUGUUACAGCACAACUCUUGGACAGUCCUAUGGGUCUUUGGAUUUGUCAGCAUUCCUGCAAAGCAGCCCUGCUUGGAAGUUAACACAGGACAGCAAAACACAGGUUCCUGUAGGCAAAAAUUGCAGCCUUUCCAAUUUUUAAAAAUAUUUUUACAUACACAUUUGCAGAUGUUCCAUAGACUACAGUGUUUUAAAUUCACUCUUUGUUAUAAUCUGUAUAAUUACGAAAUGUUUGUAGUGAUAAAUAUUAUGACCUGCAUUUACUUUUUUCUAGUAUCCUUAACUAUGUUUAGAAUUAAUUCAUUUUCUUAGGCCAAUAUCCACAAGCAGGUAGUGUGGAGCAUACACUGGAUUUAGAAGCAUUAGGAUAAACACUCGCACCUUCUAGUUUGUAGGGAGAAGAUGUUGCAUAAAUACAUACUCGCUUCUGAGUAGGGGAGAAACAGUCACAUGAGAGAGGAUGCCAGUGACAACUUCUGAUCCCUGGAACUAGGCUAUCACUGCUGCCCAAAUAUCAGCCCUGCAUUUCUGUUUGCUCCAGCAUGUACACCGCAGCUCCUGAACUAAGUGUUUCUAAAUGGCACAGCCAAUUCAAGCUUCGCAGAAACUGGGCAAAAAACAUUUUCCUGGGGAAAGUCAGGUCCACUGCAUUUGUCCAACACAGGAUUUCUUUCAAACGCUUCAAAGGCGUGUCCAUAAAAUUUCAGCCUGCUUAUUACUGAGUAGGCCUGUUUUGCUUAAAACUGGUAGCGUGAAAAUGUUUUUUAACAAUUGCCAAAAAGUUAGAUGAAAAUGUACUACUGUACAAAGCAAAGCUGUAUAUACUAAACAUUUUUUAGCAGAGUAUUAUUUAUUUGCAUAGCCUAUUUAUUGUAUUCGUAUUACACUGUUAUUAAAUACUGGGAUGAAAUCGAUGACCUGAAGCAAGGAUUCUUGCCUUGUAAUAUAUCAUUAAUUAGGACUGCUGUGACGUUGUCGGCUUGUGCUAACAAGUAGAAGAUAGAAAACCCGCAAUCAGGGUGUCUACCUAACUUCUCAGGGACUACACUUUGUAGUUUUCCACCAUUAUAAGAGCUGGUAAAUAUGAAACAUUUGUUGAAUUACCAGAAUUGCCAUUAACAGUGUUUCUCAUAUUUCAUGCUUUCUGCCUCUGUAUAUAUGACCAUGCUGUGUAUUUAUCGAAGCUAGUAAGCAAUAAUUUAUAUGUAAAAAUGGCCAAGC